AUGCCAAAGCACGCAAGUUAUGUCUGGCAGGGUAAGUUUUAUAUGUAUUGAGUUGGUAUGAUAUGGCUAAAAUUGUAGAUCUCGCUUUAUUCGCGAAUUUAAGGACCAAUGGUACUAUCGAAACAGAGGACUCAUGGUACCAUAUAGUAGGAAUAAAAGGGUCAUUUGAUCACCGUCUUGCUUCGAAGAUGGUUGCCACGAAUUUCACGGCUUUUCACCAAGAUUGCCGCCCUGAUGCUUUUGUCGUUGCACCAAGAACUGUCUCACAUGUGGUUGCUUUCAACUUUUCGGCCCUUUUCUCCAAGCUAGCCGCUCUUACGCUUCUGUCUCGGACCAUGUGUGUGACGUACACCAAGUUCAAGGAUUCCAGAACGCAACUAUCGAAUCAGAGGACUAAUGAUACCAUUCAUUAG